CUUAAAUGGUUCACUGAUGAGGCUCCGUGCGUAUUUUACCAACGAUUACUAUCGCUACGAGACGCAAAGAGCGCCCCGGCCGAAGCAUUCCGACACGGCUCGCAAUGCAACGAAAUCCAACAAGUAGACGUUGUUGAAAAUGGAGAGACGUAGCUUUCCGUGAGAGAGUGUUCGGUGGCGAGAGGAAGCGUUCACAGGCCAGAGGGAUCAAUAUCUGUUCGGGUAAAUACGGUGGGAGGGCGACGCAGCAGCAGCAGCAGUGCGGGAGACAGAGGUGGCGGUGAUGGUGGCGGCCCAGCUCCUGACGGUGAACACCACCCUCAGUGGACACUUUGCUGGGCGUGGGGGUGGAUCUACCAGUCUGACACCCGCUCCUGACGGGUUCUUACCGUCUUUGGUCAGUUGCACAAGUCAUUAACCUAUCACCUUACACUAGGGGUCAACGAGCCUAUGUGAGAGGACCGCUGAUGUCCUCGGGGUGUCAAUGAGCACUGAAGCGGGUACUGGUCUCGGAUAAUAAAGAGAGUGACAGCAAAAACACAGCAGGUGGUAGUAAAUGACAUGAACGACAUGGCGUUCAUUCAGUUUUUGAGCUAAUGAGUGAUUGGAAGCUGGGGUUGUGUGAGCAAGACCUUGUGGGGGCGGGGCAGACGGUGCUACUGAACGCGACACCCCACCUCUCUCUCUCUCCCUCUCUCUCUCUCUCUCUCUCUCUCUCUCUUUCUUCUCUCUCCUCUUAAGCCCACCUAAACCGUAAAAUUGCCACUCUCUGUACACCUUUCUUGAAAACCUCUGCUCGGAGAGUGAACUCACUCAUACUGUGAUUGUAUAUUUUUAGAGGGAAGGAAGCACUCGGUGUCAAUUUUGUGGCAAGGCUUCACGGUGUGCUCACAGAAAUGAAAAUGAUAACUGGCGAAUGAAGUGACGAAAGAAAGAGAAAAAAAGGGAAGAGGAAGUGAAAGUAUUCUUGAUAUUCGUGGCGAGGAAGAGAGAAGUAAGAGAGGAGGACCAAGCACGUGGAAGCAAGGGUCCGCCACCACCCUCUCGACACCAGACUAACAACACGUGAUGGUGCUGGAAUGCUGAGGCCGCAUGUUGUGUUGAUUGAAAGGCACUGUGGGUAUUGCGAGUAAAGGCACGGCCAGCAGACUACCCAGGAGUGUACCGUGGGCGUGUGGCGUUAGCGUGUGUAGUGUGGACGUGCUACACACAGAGUAUAAGCAGGAUGAGUCGCCGGCGUCACAGGACUAUGAGUUUCUCUUACCCCCACACUCAAAUCGAGCGUCAGAUAGACUCCUUUUUGGAGACGUUCAAGCGACGCAGCGCCGCCGCGAUGGAGCGAGCACAGAGCCUUCAGGGGGGUCCUGGGGGUCUCCUCUCCCCAUAUAUGAACGACUCUCCCACCCCGGACGGCUCCCCGGCCACCAAGAGCCGCUCACCCCGCCGCUGCCCACGGGUCAAGUUCCAUAUCCCUGGGAGGAGGUCGCGGUGGGCGUGGGGCGGGCGGACGGGUCCCACGGGCGUACCCCGCAGCAAGUCCGGUGUUAGCGUCGCGUCCUCAGAGACGGACUCGGGUAGCGACUCCAUGGAGGUAGUAACCCGCUCCCUCCCUCACUCCCUCCAUACCUGGGCGUCAGCAGACAGCAUCCCAGGUAAGUACAACUUUCUCCCUCACUCCAUCAACACCUGAGCACCAACAGACAAUAACCCAUGUAACUACAAC